UGCUGCUAUAUAACUGUAAUUUAUUUUCCUAUAUAAUUAAACUAAAAUUAAGUUAAAAUUUUCGCGCUGUAGUAGUUAGGAAAAACAACAUAAAUUUAAAACAACAAAAUAUGUUUGUGCAUUGAGUGUUUUUGUUUUGCGAGAAUUACACGAAGCAACUUGCAUAUCCUUCACAUCAUCAUCAUAGAAAUAAGACAACAAAAGAAGAAGUCCUGGCAAAAAAAAUGUCUUCAUCAGUUUCCACCGAUAGAACCCUGAAAGUGGGCCAAACUGUCCAGAUUCUGGGAAGGAAUACCAAAGGACGAGUUGCUUAUGUUGGGGUAACAAAUUUUGCAGCAGGCAAAUGGGUGGGCGUUAUACUGGACGAACCGAAGGGAAAAAACAAUGGCACCAUAAAAGGGUAUUGCUAUUUCAAGUGCUCCGAUAAUUACGGUGUUUUCGUGCGUCCGAGUCAAUUGAUUCCGACUGCGGAAAAUGUUGCUCCUGUUGCUGCAAGUAGUGAUUAUGGACAUGUUCCAGUUGCACCAAAGACCACCAAACUAAAUCGUACUAAAAGUUUCCUUUCUUCUAGCAGUCACAGUUUGAUGAGCUCCCCAACACAUUCCGAGCAUCUUCGCAGCAAAACUACCGUCAGUCCAUCGGAGUCGUUUGGUUUUGUAGAGACGGGUUUCUUGGAGAUUCUUCGUCCACAGUUUACACCGGGACAGCCGAUGAGAUCGCCUUCGUUUUCUAUGAUAAACAAUGAAGAACAGAAAAUUGUCGAUGAUUUAAAAGUUGAGGUUAGGGAUCUUUCACAGGAGCUCGAGCUUAUAAAGCGCCAGAGGCAGGAUGAAAAGCGAAAAUUGCAAGAAUGUGACAAGCUUAAGAUUCAAUGCGAGCAGUUGCUUGAAUUCAAAAUUAAAAUAAUGGAGUCCCAUGCAAAUCUGCAGCGUGAGUUGCAACGAGUUCGGCAAGAAGCAAGGGAGACGCACGAAGCGAAAAGCAGAUGUAUGCACGAGUUCAACGAGCUCUCGGAGAACGUGGAACUUCUUACACUAGACAAGGAGAUGGCCGAGGAAAAAGCUGAUACUCUCCAGAUGGAACUGGACAUUGCAUUAGAACGCAUAGAAGAGCUUGUUCUAGAUGUGGAGAUCCUUAAAAAUGAAAAUACAUCAGAUAGUAAUUUACCCGCAUCAGAGAAUUUAAUUCCAUCAAGUGGAGAGCUAAAGAAACUCCAACAACACAAUCAUCGUUUGAAGGAGACAGUGAUUCGCUUGAGAGAUGUCAUUGCCCAAGACAAACAGGAGCUUCAGAAGGUCAAUAAGGAACUUGAAACGAAGUCUUCCGAAAUAAGUGAGCUUCAGAAAACCAAGGUGAAACUGUCUAUGCGAAUUGAUGCUAUGGAAUUCCAGAUUAUGGAUCUACACGAACAAGUCGAUGCAGCAUUGGGAGCAGAAACCAUGGUGGAGACCUUGACAGAGAGCAAACUUGAACUGGAGGAACGUGUGAAGCUAAUGGAAGAAGAGGUGGCCGAAUUGGAGGCUCUCGAAGAGAUUCACGAGCAAAUUAUUGAGAGCAAUCACGACAUAGAGAUGGAUUUGCGUGAGGAAAUAGACAUGCUGAGUGCUACAAAUAAGGCACUUCUUCGCGAUAAAGAUGCCGCCUUGGAGACAAUCUACGAUCGGGAUAUCACAAUCAUAAAAUUCCGCGAACUAGUGAAAAUUCUCAAUGACCAAUUGGCAGCCCGCGAAAAGGAUCUAGAAGCUGCAGCAGAUGAUUUUGUUGUGAUUCCGUUGGAGAACGAACCGAAAAUUGAUUUCAAUAAGCUUUUCACCGAGUCGAAGGCAUAUAGUCGCGCCAUAGACGUUCAGCUUAGCCAAAUGCAGCUUCAGGAGAGCAAAGAUUUAAGCGAUUUGCUUCUUAGCUUCAUGCCAGAUGAUUUUAAGAUUCGCGGUGGAGACUAUGAUGCUAUUCAAGUUCAGCUGCUGCUUGCUCGUUUUAUUUUCAAAUCGGACAUAAUUCAGAAUGAAAUUCGUGAGAAAUUCCCAUCGACAGUAGACUUCGAUAAGGACUCCAUUUUUGAGGGCUUCUCUAUUCACAGAUUUGCAUUUAGAUCGCGAUGUCUUUAUCAUGUCAGCAGUCUUCAAUUGAUCCUUCAUCAGAUGAUCUAUGGAUUGAAUAAUUGUGAGCAUGAGACACUAAUGCGAGCGGCGAUUUACAAGACAGAAAUGCUCAACAAUGAGAAAUAUAUCGAUGGAAUCAUAGAUCUUCUCAAAGCCGGACAACUUGAUGAGAACUCGUCAACGGAAGAGAUCGAACGGUGUUCGAAUUUCUUCAGUGUCAUGUAUACAACCAUAAUUCACUUGGAUUCAAAUGAUUUGAUCAAUGAGCAUCAACUCUAUACCGACAUUGUGGAGACUUUUGAAAGAGGUUGCGAUUCGGUUAUGACUAGUGCGGGAAUUAUUCAGACUCUAAUACAAAUUGGUCAAGAGACAACGGAAUCAUACUGUCUGUUGCAAUUCCUCAUGGAGAACUUGGCGAAAUUUAAGGCAAAUCUGAGAGCGCUCAGGAGGAAACUUCCACGGGAGCAUAAGUAUGAAUUCUAUGCUAUUUCUAGGGACCAAUUCAACGGAAUGAGAGUUGUCAACGAGACUUUCGGAAAAUUGCUGCAGAUUUUACACUGCACUUCAAAGCAAGCUAUCCAAGAGAUUUCGUUGUUAAAGUGUGGAGAUUCCUCAGAGGUGUCCAUUCCUCACGAUACGCUCUGGAAGAUGUUAUGUUCGAAUUGCUCAAAAAUCUACCAGGAGUCGGACAAAAGCCCAGUAACCAAUUUCCAAUUUGUCAUCGAUGUCAUCAACGAAGAGAUGAGUCAUAUCCUUCAAAACAUCCAAGAAGCAGAGAAAGCCAAUCUCAGCAAUGCACAUACGAAGUGUAUUCGAUCAAAUCCGGUGUUGAUUCGAGCCAACCAGGUGAAACAACAACUCGAAGAGAUCAAAAAACUCACUGCGGCGCUAGACUACCGGGAGGCUGAAAUCAAGCAAUUGAAACUUACCUCGAAAAAGAAACUGAACGAGCUUUCGGAAAUGCAAGUUCGCAAAGACAUGGCCGAACGGAACUUGACGAAACUUCAACAUGAUUUUGAUCUGACAAUUGAAAGCCUAAAACUCUGCAUCGAAGAGACACAAGAGCAUAUUGACAACCGGGAACGUCAGUGUGCAGAAUCGAUAAGUGCACUGGAAGAGAAAUUAGUUAAUAUGGAAAAAACAACUUUGGAACUUAAAGAACAUCUCAAGUCGAAAGCUUCUACGGCAACUAUAGAUGAUCUGAACUCAAUGCAAGAAUUAACCCUCCUAAAGACUGUCCUAAAAGAAGAACGCCACGAAAGAAUACAAACCCAAGCAAAGGAAUUAAAACGUGCCCUGCGAAGACUUACACCGAUAACUGUGCCAAAACCCAGAGACAAAAAACUAGAAAGCCUCGAAAGGGACAUUAAAACGCUUAAAAACGACUGGAUUUUAUCAUAUAUCAUAGAUAAUAGACAAUUUAAGACAAAUAUUAAGACUAAAUCCGAAUUGAUGGCCCAAGAUAUUUUAGAUGAAUAUUUUAAACGUAAUCCACAUCGAGCCGCUGAAAGUGAUUUUUCUAUAUUUCCUAGUAUUGAAGUAACUAAUGCAUUUCGUGUUUAACUAAAAAAGAAAACAAAUAAAUUAAAUAUAAAAUAACUCAAAUAAUAAAUAAUGUAGACCUAUUGAAUUUUGCGAUUACUUUUUACAGUUUAAAAAUAUACAAACACACACCAAAGAUUUAAACAAAAAA